CCUCACUGUUAGGAAUGAAGAAAGAGGGGACAAUACAGGAAGGCCAGCACACACAACCAAAAUGGAGAGCAUCCAGGUCAUAGAAGAGUGCCAAAACCCUACUGCAGAUGAAAUUUUGUCUUGGGCUCAAAAUUUUGACAAGAUGAUGAAAACGCCUUCUGGUAGGAAUAUUUUCAGAGAAUUUCUCCGAACAGAGUACAGCGAGGAGAACCUGCUGUUCUGGCUUGCAUGUGAAGACCUGAAGACGGAACAGAACAAAGACGUGAUUGAAGAAAAAGCAAGGAUUAUAUAUGAAGACUAUAUUUCAAUACUUUCACCAAAAGAGGUUAGUUUGGACUCACGGGUGCGAGAAGUGAUCAACAGGAAUUUGUUGGAUCCUAAUCCUCAUAUGUAUGAAGAUGCCCAGCUUCAGAUCUACACAUUAAUGCACAGAGACAUCCCAAGGUUUUUGAACUCUCAGAUUUAUAAGUCUCUUGUUGAAAGUACUAUGGGCUCUACUUCUGAAACUUAG